AUCUCCUGCCUCCCUCUUCCAGCACAUACAGCAGCUGGCAUUUGUGCAAACCUGAACCUGAAAUGAGUAAUAUUGCUGUUUCAGCUAAUGGAGACAUCAGGAACAGACAUGCUGAGUGAUUCAGAGAGCCACGCUCCCAUUAGUCCACUCCAUCUGGCAGCUUAUCAUGGACACUGUGGAGCCUUAGAGGUGCUCUUGUCAUUCCUGCUUGAUGUGGACGUUCGUAGCCCAGAGGGAUGCACCCCCCUCAUUCUGGCCUGCUCAAGAGGUCAUCAGGAGUGUGUGUCUCUGCUGCUGCACCAUGGCGCCUCACCCAUGACUCGGGAUUACAUUCACCAACAGACAGCCAUACAUACCGCAGCUAUGAAUGGCCACCCAGAGUGCCUGCGCCUGCUGUUGAACAACAAUGACCAACACAUUGAUGUGGAUGCACAAGACAGCAACGGACAGACUCCUCUGAUGUUGGCAGUGUUGAGCGGACAUACAGACUGUGUGUACUCUCUGCUCAGUCAAGGAGCCAGUGUGGAGAAUCAGGACCGCUGGGGCAGGACAGCACUACACCGAGGGGCUGUGACAGGCCAGGAGGAAUGUGUAGAGGCCCUUCUUCAGCGGGGAGCCAGCGUGAGUGUAAAGGACAUCCGGGGCCGCUCCGCCCUGCACCUGGCAUCUGCCUCUGGCCGUGUGGGUGCCCUGGGUGCCCUGCUGCAGGCCACCAGCACUUCACACAGUCACACACACCUCACUGACAGCAAGGGCUACACACCACUGCACUGGGCCUGCUAUAACGGGUAUGACGCAUGUGUGGAGGUGUUGUUAGAUCAGGAGGUGUUCAGGAAAAUUACAGGGAACUCAUUCAGCCCACUGCACUGUGCUGUGAUAAACGAUAAUGAGGGAGUGGCAGAGAUGUUAAUUGACUCCCUGGGUGCAAAUAUUGUGAAUGCAACGGACUCCAAGGGCAGGACUCCUCUUCAUGCUGCAGCUUUUUCUGACCAUGUGGAGUGCGUUUCCCUUCUUCUGAGCCAUGGAGCUCAGGCAAAUGUUGUUGACACCCACAUGCACAGAACACCACUGAUGAUGGCAGCUCUAAAUGGACAGACCAAUGCUGUGGAGGUGAUGGUGAGCGGUGCUAAGGCAGACUUGGCACUGCAAGAUGCAGACAGGAACACAGCAUUGCAUUUGGCUUGCAGCAAGGGUCACGAGACAAGUGCCUUGUUGAUUCUGGAGAAAAUCAGCGACAGGAAUCUCAUUAACUGCACCAACGCUGCUCUGCAGACGCCCUUGCAUGUAGCAGCCAGGAAGGGAUUGACAGUGGUGGUCCAGGAGCUGCUGGUGAAAGGAGCCAGUGUGUUAGCUGUGGAUGAGAAUGGUUACACUCCAGCUUUGGCUUGUGCUCCCAAUCGGGAUGUAGCUGACUGCUUGGCCCUCAUCCUCAACUCAAUGAUGCCCACCUCACCCAUGGUCACCAUAGCAGCUUUGCCCACUCUCUCGCUUACUCAAACAGUCAUCAACCACCACCCUAUCUCAAACCACAUUUCCAAAGGUGUGGCCUUUGAUACUCCAGCCCCACUGAGACCUGACCACGCCUCCUACUGCAGGCCAGAACGCCUGCUGUCCUCUGUCUCCGGAGAUGAUGAAAUGAAUGACUCAGAUUCAGAAACGUACUGAGGACUAGUGGAACCUCAAUACUGGCAGGUUAGCCAGCCACUCAGGAGCCUUAAUAGAUCACUGACAAAAGCUUGACAGGGCAGUAAAUACAAGCAGAGUAUUCUUAGGUAAGUCUCUUCAAAUCUAAAAAUAAUCCUCGUCUGAACCA